AGAACCGCAGACCACCAGCGCACCAGAGGCCCCCAGCCCAGAGCCGGACACCAGGGCACACACCGGCCCAGGGCCCGGCAACCCGCCCGCCAGAGCCCAAGACCCCGCCCCACCAGAGCCACAGCCCAGGGGCGGCACGCCCCCAGAGCCCCAAGCCCCCCACGCCCACCCUGGACCCGCCCCAGCACGGCCAGGCAACCGGACCAGCGACCCAUGACCGCCGCUACAAACUACCCGAGGGCCCACAUGCAGCCACCAGAAGACCUCCCCCAGAACCACCAAGGCCCUCCCCAGAGCGAGAGCAGCGUCACCCCCGCUCCGGAACCCCCA